CGAGACAUCCCACACCUCCGAAUUUGGAUUCACCGGAUUGUUGCCUGCCAUAACACUGGAGAGACGCCAAUCGUCGUUCCUUCAAGCCCUCGUUUCUGGGGCGUGAUUCUCUGAGGGGGAAUAUUGUUGCCGCACGCCCCCCUCGUCUCCAUAUUCAAGCCAACGGAGGAUCCUCUCAUAUAAAAGGUGGAAGGACACAACCAUCGAUGUCGAGUUGCGAGUUUUCCUUCCACAAGAAAGGAGGAUUGUGUUUCAUCAAUACUUUAUUUAUUUCCAACAUGAAGUUCUGGGUGAUUGUUCCCGUCCUCUGCGUUGCCUCUGUUUGGGGUGACGCCGAGCCCAAAGCCGAGGCUGACGCUGAAGCAAUUGCUGACGCUGACGCCGAGGCCGAGGCUGAGGCUGAUUUGGGACCUCAUCAUGCUCCCCAUCAUCCGGCUCCUCAUGGUUAUACCCCUGCCCCUUACACACCCGCCCCCGCUUAUGGUUACAGCCCGGGAUACGGCCACGAGCCGGCCCCUUAUCAUCCCGCUCCUCAAUACGGCCCCACACACGCCCCUCAUCAUGGUCCACCUCAUCAUAGCGCCCCUCAUCACGCCCCAGCUUAUCCCCAACCCCAUCACGCUCCUGCUUACCCAAGCCCUCACCAUCCUGAGCCCAGCUACGAUCCUCAUCACCCCGAGCCCCAUUAUGCCCCUCCUGCUUGCUCCAAGGGCAAUCCCAAGCCUUUCUGCCUGGAGGAUCCUGAAUACCCCACCUAUGAGAUUCAACAAGCCAUCGAAUACAACUAUGACGCAGUUCAACAAUUGUACAAUGAUGUGCUCGCCAACACCUAGAACUCGGUCUACCGUCUGAAGGACAUCGUCGAGGAGACCUACCUGUGCCCCUCCGAGGUCAAAUACAUCCAACCCCUCCGUGCCAUCAAUGUCCAUGGCAAGUGGAGAAUCGUUGUCAACCAUGUCAAGGCUCAUUAUGAGACUCUGACCCAGACCGCUCGUGUGGAACAUUGUGCCACCCCUGGAUCUCCUUGCCCCCUGAUCCCCGAGUGCUACGAGUCCAAAUGUCUGCAGAAGCACAUUUAUCACCGAUUCUUGGUCUACGAUCCUUAUGAUAAAUACCUGCCCUUCGCCAUUGAGAGCUUCAAGCUGGCUUCAGCUUGCGCUUGCUACAAUGGACCCUUCCAUUAUGCUCCCCACUAAGGAAGCUUAAGAAACAUUUGGUCGUUCAGAUUUUAUCUUAAUGAUGAGCGUCGCAUUCCCGUCUACCCCCCAACACCCACUCGAUCUCCUAGAAGCACCCUUGUGAGGAGGUUGCACGUCGUGUGCCCAGGAUGGUCCCUUGAAGAACCCCACACAAGAUAUUCUUUCAGCAGUUCCCCAAAAAGUCUAGUCAAAUCGUCUUCAAGUGGACCAUAUAUCAGAUGGCAUGUGAUCCCGACCAUCUCACUUGGUGUCUUCGCAUAAGGUCUUUCGGAUGGACUCAAAAUCGCCUCUUCUUGCUCCAAGGAAACUCUCACAGCAACUCGCACCACAAAAAUGGCAAAAUAUAUCAUGAAACAAU